AUGGAUGUAUAAAUAUUGUGUAAUGCCAUUCUAUUUAUGCUUACUCUCCUUGUUAUUAAUGAAGUCUUAACUAAUUAUACCAUGAAGAAUCAAAACCUCAAAAAAUAUUUAAACAAUACCACCAUCACAACUUUAAUUGGUAUUGUUGCAGGUUUAUUUCUAUUAUAUAUUGACAAAUCCAUGCUUGUAUAAGAAUAUAAAUAAGGAUUCAGUCAAUUCUUUCUUAUUGUCUUAUUACCACCUAUACUAUUUGAAAGUGCUAUUAAUAUGGAAAAAGCAUUGUUUUUUUAAAACUUUGGCAGUAUUUUGAUGUACGCAGUAAUUGGGACUAUUAUUGCAGUAUUUGUAACAACAUUUUGCUUAUAUUUGAUCGGAUUGCUAAUUUAAGUAUUUAUUUAAAAUAAACUAUAUCUUAGAAAUUAUCCUUAACAAGUUGUUAUGCUUUUGGAUCAUUGAUAUCCUCCACUGAUCCAGUUGCUGUCUUAUCUAUUUUUAAAAAGUUAAAUGCAGAUAAAUAAAUGCAUAUACUUAUAUAUGGAGAAAGCAUUCUAAAUGAUGCCAUAUCAUUAUUACUAUAUGAGUAAAUAAAAUAAUGAAUUAAUUUAUAUAGAAUAUCUGGGAGAAUUCGAAAUCAAGAAUUAGUUGGAUUUGGAGAUGCAACUAAAUAAUUUUUGUUGAUAUUUUUAAUAUCUAUAGCAAUUGGUGUAAUAAUAGGAGCUCUUUGUGCCUAUGUAUCAUAAAUAAAUAUUUUAGAUAUUAAAAGUAAAAGAAGAAGUGUCGUAUGAAACAGAACAUAUUGAAGUUUCAGUAACUGUAAUUAUUCCAUGGGUUUGUUAUUUAAUUUCUGAGGCAGUUGGUUUUUCAGGAAUAGUGAGUAUUGUAUUUUGUGGAAUUGUAAUGGCCAAAUAUGCUUUACCUAAUUUAUCUGAAAGUGGAAAAGAAGUAUAAAUAAAUUACUAUUUUUAGUUAUUAAAUAAAUUCUAUCAUAUAUUAUCAUACAAUUUUGAAAAUUUAGUAUUCUUAUUUAUAGGGAUUGGAAUGGUUGGCUAUGAUUUGGCUUGGUCAGAAAUGGGAAUAAUUUUAGGGAUAUCAAUAAUUAUAAUAGUAGUGUUUGCUAGAUUAAUUAAUAUAAAAAUAAAUAGUUUCAUACUUAAUAGAUAUCGACAAGAUAAUUUCAUAAAACAAAAUCAUUAAAAAGCAAUGUGGUUUUGUGGAUUAAGAGGUGCAAUGGCUUAUGCCUUAGCUUUAGAUUCAGCUGAUACUUUUAAAGAAGAAGGAGAAAUCAUGCUUACAAUGACAAUAGUUAUAAUUGCAUUUAAUGUAAACUAUUAUUUAAUCAAAUUUAACUAUUAGAUUUUUGUUUAAGGUUCUACAUUGUAAUAUGUUUUAUAAUUAUGUGAUAUCUAAGAUAAAUCAAAUGUAUUAUCAAGUGAUUAAAUCUAAAGGAUAAUUAAAUGGAAGGUGGCAGCUUAAAAAUAGCAAACCAAAAAGGAUGGGCACAUAGAAUGAAAGAUUGCUUAGAAAAAUGUGAUGAGAAAGUUUUUUAAGAGUUCUUGGUUAAAAAGUAACUGAUUAUUUUUGAUUCACUAGGAGAGAACUAACUCCAGUUAUACAAGUAGAAUCACAAUGAAACAUUUAAUUAAAUUAAUAAAUAUCCC